AUGUGGGGAAUGGGGAUACCACAUAAAGAACCACAAAAGCAAUAUAUUUUAAGCGUUCUCAUAGGUAUGUCGGGUGAUAACUCGCCUGCCAUCGUAGUGCACAUAUGUAACUCGACUAGAGUCGCCGCCUCAGUAAAAAAUACAUCUCCAAGUAAAUCAUUAGUAGUCAGCAACGCAAUCGUGUCAGCGAUAUGCCAACUGAUGGAAAGAUUGGAGACUUAUGGAGAUUUGGACCUGAGUACGUCUUUGCCAUCGAACAGUUUUCGAUGA